AUGAGUCCCGAUAUCGUGUUGAUUAACAAAUUACAAGUCCAAGCAAUUACGGGUAAAGAUUAUUGGGAUAGACCAUUUCCUCAACCAAUUAAUAUUUCAGUUAGACUAAGGACUGAUUUUAAUAAAGCUAGUGAAUCUGAUGAUUUAAAAUAUUCAUUAAAUUAUGCAGUAAUUUCAAGAAAUAUUACUGAACAUUUUGAAAAUAAUAAAUAUAAAAAUUUUAAAUCUUUGGAAAAUAUUGCAAAUUCUGUUUCUAAUGUUAUUUUAGAUGAAUCAAAAGGUGGUGGUGAUAAUGUUGAGAUUAAAGUAUCUGGUGAAAAAACUGAAAUUCGAGCUGAAGAUAUUGAAAUUACUAUAAAUCGUUUUAAACAAGAUGGACAAGUUCAUAAGAUUGAAGGAACUGUUGACUCUAUUAAAAUUAGUUCAUUAAAAUUAUUAACUUUGAUUGGUGUCUUCACUUUUGAAAGAUUUAAAAAGCAAUUUGUUACAAUUGAUUUAGAUAUAAAAUAUGAUACUGCCAACCCAGUUGAUUAUUAUAAAAUCAUUGAAGAUAUUGUUACAUAUGUUGAAAAUGCAAAUUUCAAAACUGUCGAGGCAUUAAUUGAUUCAGUUGCUCAAUUAGUUAUACAAAAUAAUGCAUUAGAAGUAACUGCCAAAGUGGAAAAACCAAAUGCUAUAACUUUCUCACAAGGUGUCGGUGUUGAAGUUACAAGAUCUGCUGAAUUUUUUGCUAAUUCACCUAGGAUUGAUGUUAAUAAUAUUGUAACCAUUGAUAAUUUCAAAGAAUCUUUCAACUUACCACAAAGUUCUAAUGGAAACAAAUCAGAUACUCAUUUAGUAUAUAUUGCAUUUGGAUCAAACACUGGGAAUCAAGUUCAGAAUAUAAUAUCUGCAAUUGAUGCUCUAAAUUCUUUAGAAUCAACUCAAGUCCUAGAAACUUCCUCAUUAUAUGAAAGUGAACCAAUGUAUUACUUAGAUCAACCAAAAUUUGUUAAUGGUGCACUUAAAUUACAAACCAAAUAUUCACCACAAGACUUAUUAACCCACUUGAAAAGAAUUGAAUAUGAUUUAUUAGGAAGGGUUAAAAUAAUUGAAAAUGGUCCAAGAUCAAUAGAUUUAGAUAUAUUAUUAUAUGAUGAUUUAGUUUUAAAUGAACCUGAUUUAAUCAUACCACAUAUGAGAAUGAUUGAAAGAACAUUUGUUUUACAACCCUUAUGUGAAUUAAUAUCACCAAUUGAUAUACAUCCAGUCACUGCAGAACCUUAUCUUAAUCAUUUAAAACAAUUGUAUAAAUCUUCAAUUGAUCAUUCUUUACAAAAAUCAAAUCAAUUAACCACCAUAGUCCCAUUAUAUAACAAGUUUAACACCACUAACAACUCAACAAGAAAUUUAGGUUUUGAUUUAUUAGGAAAUUCACACAAGACUAGGAUUAUGGGAAUCUUGAAUACAACACCUGAUUCAUUUAGUGAUGGUGGAUUAAAUGCAUCUGUGGAAAUUGCCAUUAAGAAUGCUUUAGAGAUGGUUCAUGCCGGGGUUGAUAUCAUUGAUAUUGGUGGUGUUUCAACAAGACCAGGAUCUAUAGCUCCGUCUGAAAAGGAAGAAUGGGAACGUGUGGUUCCAAUUAUUCAAGCUAUUAGAUCUCAUAAUGAUGAAUUGUUGAAAAAUGUUGUUAUUAGUAUUGAUACUUAUAGAUCGCAUAUUGCCCUGGAAUCAAUCAAGGCAGGUGCUGAUUUGAUUAAUGAUAUUAGCGGUGGUCUUUAUGAUGAUAAGAUGUUUGAUGUUAUUGCUGAAACUGGGGUACCAUAUAUUCUUAAUCAUACAAGAGGUACACCAGAUACAAUGUCAAAACUCAAUCAAUAUGAAGAAAAUUUAAAUGAUAAUUUAUUAGAAUUUACUAAUCCAGGUUAUGAAAUUUCUGAAGUUGAUGAAACUCUAUUAAAAGCCAUUUCUAGAGAACUGGUGGAACAAUAUCAAAAAGCUAUAAGUCAUGGUGUUAAAAGAUGGCAAAUUAUUACAGAUCCUGGUAUUGGAUUUGCUAAAAAUUUAAAACAAAAUUUAGCAAUUAUUAGAGGUACUCCAUUAAUUAAAACUUAUUCAAAUUAUAAUCAAGAAACGAAAGAAUAUGGUAGUUUGAAUGGGUUACCAAUCUUACUAGGUCCUUCAAGAAAGAAAUUCAUUGGUACUUUAACCAAUGAAAAGAAUCCAUCUGAUAGAGUGUUAAGUACUGGUGCUGUUAUCAUGUCAUGUAUUGGUUAUAAAUCCGAUAUUGUUAGAGUUCAUGAUGUUGAAGAGAUAAAAAAAGUUGUUGCCAUUGGUGAUGCAUUGUAUAAAGAUUUAGUUUAA